AUGCCGCAGAUCAGCCCGGAAUUAGCGGAAGCUGCAAAGCGCCUUCACGAGGCAUGGACCAAAGACUGCACGGCCAAGACUGCGCUGAGGGUGAAAGCAGAGGCGCGUGGGGCAAACGGGGAGGACCCUGAGUGGGUUCGGCCGGGCAAGUGCUGCAACUGCACGCCCCAGCCGCCGUGGAUCCGCGGUUCCGAUGCGGCGAAUCUCGCGCUGACACGUGUCUUCCAGCGGGACCUGUGGGAGCGGCAGUUCCCCGCCAGCUGUGCGGGGCGGCGGCUAAUGAUUACCGACUGGCCGCCAAAGCACCACGGCACGGGCAACAUGGUGCAUGUGAUGGGGUCGUUUCUGAAUGCUGCUGUUCGGCACAACAGGACGCUCGUGAUCCGCCCCCGCACCUUCCACCGCGCCAGUGGGCAGGAGUGCGCAGACAUUGGACAGGAGGGCGAGUGGGAGUGCUACUUCUUCCCCGUCGCCUCCCCAGACUGCCUCAAAGUCGCGUUAGCAGCAGAGGCAGCAGCACCCAUUGCUCUGUUCAACGACACCAAGGAGACGGUGCUGGCUUCGACGACUCCAGUGGUCAUCUGUAAUGACACACACUACCACCACGACGCUGCUAGAGCUGCCAGCCUCUGGGUGGCGCCUGACGGCAGACCGCCGGAGCUGGAGCAUCCAUUCACCAUCGAGCAGCUGGGGAAGAUUUGGCCGGCCAACGACAACCACAUUGGGGUGAGUGGCACGUUGGGGAAAGCUGGUGGCGGUCCCAAACUGCGCUGGCCGUCCGCUCUCCUCUGCCACAAUACCAACCGCAUGCGCCUUGUUUCUCUCCCCCUUUCCCCCACCCCUCGUCCCAUUAAACAGGAGCGCUGGUGGCGGUCGCAAACCGCACGCUUUCUCAUGCGCUGGCCCUCUGCUCUCCUCUGCCACAUCACCAACCGCGUCCGCCACAACACCUACGGAAUGACUGUAGCAGAGCGGGUUGUAGCCGCUACAGCCAAGCAGCAAUCCAUACUCCACUCCACACCCCCCAACACUCCGGAAUCCCAGCACUUGAACACCCUCCCCGACGCCUCUUCUGCUGUUCCCCCAUCCGUUGCUUACAAGUCGAGCCUAGCCGGGACUGUAUGGCAGAUGAAGGGGUUUGCGGGGUGUGUGGGAACGAGGUGUAAUGAGUCCGAGGUGUGUGCGGGAGCGGGGAGUGCGAAUGCGGGGGGAGGAGCGGCGGUGGAGUUUUCCUCGUCACAAGAUGAACCGUUUAUAUUCCGUCCGUAUGUCAGCCUGCACGUGCGGCUGAGCGACAAAUACCUCGAGAUGAAGCUACACUUUUUCGCGACUUACAUGUAUUUUAUGUAUAAGUUGCGGGCACACGUACCGAACCUGGAGCACGUUUGGCUCAGCACAGAGAUGCAGAGUGUGAUAGAAGAAACUUCCAGCUUCCCGGAUUGGACCUUCCACUACACCACGAGUGGGCGAGUGACGAGUGCAACGCAGAUGCAGGAGGAGCAUGUGAAGGACAAGCAGCGCACGGGAGAGAUUUUCGCAAAUCUCAUCAUCACGACUCAAGCGGAUUAUUUCGUCGGUGCACUGGCGUCAAAUUGGAACCGCCUGAUCGACGAGCUGAGAUCGACCAAUGGGAGGUUGUACUCGGGGCACGUGGCUCUGAAUGAGGCCUGGACAUGA